UCGAGCCAGAGCCACAUCUUCUGUGGACUGUCGAUGAAUUCUAUAAAUGGUCGCUCUAUAGAGCUGCCAUCGCUGAGUUUAUUGCCACUCUCCUCUUCGUGUACAUCGGCGUUUCUGCUGCCAUUGGAAAUGGCCGUACCAGCCCCGAUGGAGUCGGAGCUCUCGGCGUUGCAUGGUCUUUCGGAGCCACCAUAUUUGUGCUUGUCUAUUGCACAGCUGGUGUUUCAGGAGGACACAUUAAUCCCACAGUUACUUUGGGACUACUUCUUGGUAGGAAGCUUUCCGUUCCUCGGGCUUUCAUCUACGUAAUUGCCCAGAUGGCGGGGGCUAUAUGUGGAGCAGGACUCGUGAAGGGAUUGCAGAAAACUCCAUUCCAGGUGCUGGGCGGCGCGACGAAUACGGCUAGUGCAGAAUUCAGCAUCGGCACUCGUCUUGCAGCAGAAAUCAUCGGAACUUUCUUCCUGGUUUACGUGGUCUACUCUGCUACUGAUGCUAAGCGUAAAUCCAGGGACUCGCAUGUGCCGGUGCUCGCCCCAUUGCCCAUCGGGCUUACAGUUUUCGUUGUCCACCUGGCGACCAUUCCCAUCACUGGCUGUGGAAUCAACCCUGCACGAAGCUCCGGCCCUGCUGCUCUCUGGAACCGCCAGCAAGCUUGGGAUGACCAGUGGAUCUUCUGGGUCGGUCCCUUCAUCGGAGCUACCUUGGCUGCCGCCUAUCACCAGUUCGUCAUCCGUGCUUUGCCGCUAGGAUCACACUUCCUGUUCCCGAACAUGUCCAUGUCCGGCUCCAUGAGCAUUUCAGGGAGAAAACUUGAAACCAAGCUCUCAGGGUGAGGACGACACUAAAUCUGCUGACAACAAAAUGUGAAGCUCAGACUCAGGCACGAGUGCGUAGACUGAUCUGAAGCUGCACGUACCACUCUACUGUAAAUAACAUCCAAGAGGUUCUCAUACAUAGUCGGGGAGAAACCACGCGCUGUAGAUUCAGCAUCAACAAGGGUAAAACCUGAGACCAUCUUUAUGCAGAGGACAAGGAUUACCAUCCGCAAUUGGUAAUCCUAGUAGUAAUCCAUAGCAAAAAAGGCUCCAAUUGGAAGCAUCUGUCUCGCCCAGAUAUUGUGUUCUCUCUCGGCUUAUUGCCCCCGAAAAGGUAUUGACUGCUUUUGCUUGGGGUCGCAAGAGGGCUUCUAUACGACAUUCGGAAGGGAAACUUGAUGCAGAAGGCAAGAUCGUCACCUGACUCACGCGGACAAACUUACUGCCGUACAUCUCUUUCAUCAGAAGUAGAAUAAGUGAAAUUCAGAAUACGCGGCAUGAACUUGCCUUGAGAAGCAGUUGGAGCAUCUCAUUGCCACACGUUAUGCAGUGGGUAAGAUCCAGUACAGUAUAACAACUUUCUGAUGCUUACAUGGC